GCCUUUUUCUUUUUUCUUUUUUUUCUUUCUCUUCUCUCUUCCUUCUCGUCUUUCCUUUCUCGCCCUCUUUUCUUCCCUUCUCUUCUCCUCUCCUCUUCUCCUCUCUCCCUUCCUUCUCUCCCUUCCCUCUCUCCCCUCUCUUCUCCUUCCCUCUCUUCUCUUCCUCCGAUUCCUCCCAUCAGACUGUCCUGAUCCCACACACACACCCACCCAUUCAUAUUCUGCACCCGCUGUAUAUACCUCUUCCUCCUCUCCCAUACAGAUCACACCUUCCUCACCGAUCCUCUCCUCAUCACUCCCCCGCCUUUUCUUUUCUUUUCUUCUCAUCCUUUUCCUUCACUCCCCACUCCUCCCCACACAGCCCACUCUCCAAUGUCCGAUCUCAAAAAGAGAACCCGCUCAAACUCCAUCCGCAAGGGCGUCCAGGCUGUCCAGGCCGUGGCCGGAAAGGCCGCCGCCAUGCUCCCCGUCGACCUCGAGGGCAUCGACGCCGCCAUCCUCGACAAGCUCGACACCCUCCUCGUCAAAAUCGAAAACAAGCUGCGCUCCAUCGAGGCCCCCUCGCUCGAAAAAGUCGACGCCACCCUGCGCCAGCUCGAGGAGACCUAUGCCACCCUCGAAAUGCCCUCCAUCGACGACAAGGUCCGCACUACCCUCAGGAUCAUGGAGGACACCUACCAGCAUGCCCUCCAGGCCAAAUCAACCCUCAAGGACAAGCUCAGCACCGCCGUCAUGAUCCUCGAGGAAAAGUACGUCGAGCUCGAGCAGACCUCCUUUGAGCGCAUGGACGACGCCAUCGGCAUCUUUGAAAAAGUCGACAGUCGGGCCAUCAUCGACUACACCAUCGACACCAUCGGUGCUCAUCGCAGGGCCGCUCUCGAGGGCGCCAAGCGGCUGUUGCGGUUCGAGGAGCUUCCGGAACAGUGGCAGGAGAACAAAUACAUCCUUUCUGGAUACCGUUUCCUCUCCUCAAAGACACAGUGCUUCAAGUCCAUCUUUUACGUCCACAACGAAUCCGGCAACAUCUGGACCCAUCUGCUCGGAUUCUUUUACUUCUUGGCUGUCGGCAUCUACUUCUUCUCAGGAUCGAACCCAUACUUCUCCACCCCUACCUCGACCCCGGUCCGGAACCUGCCCUACAUGCCUGCAGAUGGAUACGACAAGCUAGUCUUCUUGGUCUUCUUCUUGGCAGUGUACAAGUGUCUGUUGAUGUCGUCGCUCUGGCACACCUUUGCCCAGAUCGCACAUGAGGGAACAAUGAAGUGCAUGGCCUGUCUGGACUAUGUCGGCAUCUCGGUCUUGAUUGCAGCAAGCGUCGUCGUCACAGAAUACUAUGGCUUUUACUGUGAAUCCGUCUUCCGCAACUCGUAUAUCUCUGCCACAGCCCUGUUUGGCGUUGCUGGAGUUGUCAUCCCUUGGCUGUCUUGGUUUGAUCAAAAAGAGACACGCUGGCUUCGUAUCACCUUUUUCAUCUCUAUGGCUGCCUCCGCAUUGCUCCCAGUGUUCCAUCUGAUGCUGAUCCAGGGUGCUGGUCCAACUCUGGAAUGGAUCUUCCCUCUGCUCAAAUCGAUGGGAUCGUAUCUCUUGGGUGUCUUCCUCUAUGCGAACCAAUACCCCGAGAAACUGUUCCCAGGACGCUUCGAUCACCUCGGAUCAUCCCAUCAGCUCUGGCACCUUUGUGUGCUCGGUGGUGUGUACUUCCACUUCACAGCCGCAUUGUCGUUCUGGGAACGGCGAUACGAGUUUGGAUGCCCCUCUGGAUUCGAGGGCAUUGCGCCAGUUGGCGGACUGAUCGCCAUCUAAGGAAAUCCUUCCUUUUGCAUUGCCCACCACUUGCAUUCUUUCAUUUCAAAACAAAUAAACACACAUACCUCAUUCUUUUGCAUAUU